UAUUUACACUCCCCAUCCCAAAAAAACUCCCUGCACGCCCGCUGUCGCAACCACCUACAGCUUUCCACCAUCGCCAAUUCGAUUUCUCAUGUACCUCUCAUAAUCAACCAACAUCCGCAGCGUCUGGUAUUCUUACCUUAAGCUCCAGUAACUGGCCGAACUUCACAAAUGGCUUUCUCAACCCCCCAGAGGCCCCUACCAGGCGCAUUUUACAAUACACCCGCUGCGAAUCGAUUUCCUCCACCAAGGCAACCUGUCUUUAAUCCAGUACAACAAAGCCGAGCUCCAUCGAACUCGCAGGACCAGCAACAACCAGAAGCGGACCCGGCGCAAGCUUUACAGCCCAUACAACGAGCCCAGAGAACGAUCAACGAGGUAUUGCAGAGGGAGGCUAGCUUUCCAGAUCUUGAUAGCUAUGUGCGGCGUAAGUUGGAACCUCUCGGGAACUAGGUCUGCUUGAACUAAUGAAUUGGCAGAGGGGAUCUCUUCUGAAUAUGAACUACCCAAUAAUACUACCGAGUCAGCAUGGACACCCUUUCACCGCGCAAAGACAUACGACCUCCCCGAUCAAAUCCUCGAACAAUAUAAUCGCGCAGAAGCCUCGACGGCGAUGGGCCUAUUUGCAGAACUGAAUCAUGCCUGGGUUGCGAUUGAUAGCGCGCUGUAUCUAUGGGACUAUACGGAUCCGAAUGCAGAAUUGAUCGGUUUUGAGGACCAACCACAUAAUAUUACAGCAGUAAAGCUGCUUAAACCUCGAAAGGGAGUCUUUGUUGAGGAUAUCACCCAUCUGCUGGUGGUUGCGACAACACAGGAGAUUAUCUUACUUGGAGUUUCUGCGCAGGUUGAAGGACCCGGCGUACGGACCGUUCAACUAUUCCAAACUCGAAUGGCUCUAACAAUUAGAGGGAUCAAUGUUCAAGUUAUUGAAGGAUCUGCUGAAACAGGUCGGGUUUUCUUUGCUGGUCAUGGAGAUAAUGAGAUUUACGAACUCACAUAUCAGCAAGAGGAGAAAUGGUUUGCUGGGCGAUGUGGGAAGAUCAAUCAUACAAGUCCUGGAUACUCAACCAUUAUGCCGAAAGUUUGGGGGGCCAAGUCGACAGAAUAUAUUGUUCAGAUGGAGGUGGAUGAUAGUAGACGACUUCUUUACACAUUAUCCUCCGAAUCAUGCAUUCGAACAUUCCAUAUGGAAACUCCCACUACCCUCACGCAAGUUAUCGAGAAAAGACGAGUUGAAUGUUUACGAGAUAUUAGUCACAUGAUAUCUUCUUCAACUUUACUCACCAACCAGAUGCAGAUCGUUUCUAUAAACCCUAUAUCAGCAAGAGAAGGUUCGAAAUUGCACUUGAUGGCCACUACUACGACCGGGUGUCGAUUAUUUCUCAGUGCCACAAGAGGAUAUGGAUAUCUCCAGGGUCAGGGAGCUCCACAAAGUAUGCAAGUCCAACAUAUCAAAUUCCCACCUUCCACGGAUCCUAGACCAUCUGGUGUAUCCCCGUAUCAAGGAGCAGAUCCGGCGACAGAAACUUCUUCGAUGGCACUGGCUUGGUCACGAAAGGGUCUUCGUUUUCCUCCUGGGUUUUUCUUCUGCUUUGUUUCCAAGGGCGGUGAAGAGGGCAGAGACAACCUUUUUCUUUCGGCUCCGGAUACUGGAAGAAUAGCUGCUGAGGCACGUGCUUUGACAGUUCAAGCCUCCAGAUACUACGAGUCUGGUUGCUGGUUAUCACUUGGAAGUCGUGCGGAAGCGGUCGGCCUUGUUACGCCACCCUUUUCAGCUUCAAGGCAACCACUUGGUUUCGGCAAUGAGCUCGCAGUGCAGUUUGAUGAUGCACCCACAGAAGUCGCAAUUCUCACAAAUAGCGGUAUCCAUGUAAUUCGACGGAGGAGACUUGUAGAUGUAUUUGCGGCAGCUGUAAGGAAUGGCGGUGGUGAUGAUGGAUUGGAAAACGAGAUCAAGAAGUUUAUUCGACAAUAUGGACGAGGAGAAACAACAGCUACUGCUUUAGCGGUAGCAUGUGGUCAAGGCAGUGAUUUAAUACCAGGCGAGAAUAGAACCGCAAGAGUUGUCGACCCGGAGACAUUAAUGUUAGCAAAGAAGGCGUUUGUGGAAUAUGGGGGACGACCGUCGUUGAAUGAGAAUUCGGUUUCGGAAGGUCCUGCACAUGCAGCCGACAAUGUUCGACCCUCAUCUCGACAUGAGGGUCUAGCGUUAUACAUGGCCAGACUUCUUCGAUCAUUGUGGAAAACACCGGUCAUCCGAGAAACUCUCUUGCCAAACGGCGCUGCUGCUAUCAGCUCUCCUGUUGCUAAGGAGAAGAUGAUGGCAGUUCAAGACGAAUUGACAAAAUUGGCGACAUUUCUCGAUGACAACAAAAAUUCGAUCGAAGGGCUGUCGGGCCCAGAGAGCCUUCAGCACGUCGCAAGCCAGGCGGAACAAGUUGCUCUCCAAGGUGAACAUCAGGCAUUAGGUUCCCUUCAAAAGUUGAAUUCCAGCAUCAUCGAAGGGAUAUCUUUCGUUCAGAUGUUGUUCGAGGAAAGAGUUGACUUGAUCUGGAAGACUCUCGAUGACAAUCUGAAGCAACGAAUUCGGGAUCUUACAUUCGAGCUCCUUUUUUCAAGCGACCAAGGAAAGGAUCUCGCCAAACUUUUGGUGAAAGCCAUUGUCAAUAGGAACAUUGCCAGUGGUUCAAACGUUGAUGCGGUUGCUGAUUCUCUACGACGUCGAUGCGGCAGUUUCUGUAGCGCUGACGAUGUCAUUAUAUUCAAAGCUCAAGAACAACUUCAAAAGUCUUCGGAUCCAUCGAUAACGUUCAAACAAUCCCGAGGACUUUUGAAUGAAAGUUUCCGCCUCUUUGAGCAAGUUGCCGGAUCACUAACCCUCGAAAAUUUACAAAACGCUGUCCAACAAUUCGUUGCUCUCGAGUUUUAUGCAGGUGCGGCUAGUUUAGCUCUCAGAGUUGCACGAGAAUCCGAUUGGGGCAAUAAGGCUCAAGCAUGGGUUAAAGAUAAUAAACCAGUCGGUGACCCACGAAGUUCGAUUCACCGCUUCAGACUGGAAUGCUAUGAUCUUGUACAUCGUGUCUUGGUCGCUGUUGAUGAGGCUGCCGCUGGGGCACCAGAAGAGAUUGACGGGCGGGAAUCAGUCAUGUCCCUGAAGCGUUCUGAAACCCAUACGGUCGUCAACAAUUCUGAUGAUGAGCUAUUUCAAUUUAACUUGUACGAGUGGUAUCUCGUACAGAACUGGGAGAAUCGUCUUUUGGAUGUUGAUUCACCAUUUGUCGUCGACUUCUUGACUCGUUCCGCACAAUUGAGUGUUGAGCGGACAGAUCUGUUAUGGAGAUACUACGUACAUGGAAAGAAAUUCUAUGAUGCGUCAGUGGUACAACUAAGUCUCGCGAAGUCCGACUUCUCAAUCGUUCUUGCAAGACGAAUUGAUUAUCUGGUUCGAGCAAAGGGAAAUGCUUCAACACAGAGCCCUGGAAUUGGGCGAACAGCACGACAAACUCUACUCUACGAAAUUAACGAACUUCUCGAUGUGGCAAAUAUUCAAGCUGAUCUUCUCAGCCGAUUACGAGUGGAUGCAAGAAUUCCCGGAGGCAAAAAGGAUCAGAUUAUCCCAGCUCUCGACGGACAGAUCAUCAAUUUAUCAGAGGUAUGUAUAAUUUUCGGUCUUUUGUCAAGCAAUACUAACUCUUAUUCAGCUCUUCAAUACAUACGCCGAUCCAGCGGAGUAUUACGACAUGUGUCUGAUGAUCUACGAGGCAGCCAACCAUCGCAACGAAGCAGACAUCACCGGAACCUGGAGAUCCCUCAUCCAAGCCGAGCACAACUCGGUCGCAAAUAAUCCCAACUCCACCGCUAGCCCCUGGGAAGUUGUCAACACCAAAGUCCAAGAGAUGGCCGGCAACCUUGUGCAAAGCGAAAACACCUUCAACCCCGCCAUCAUCGUACCCAUACUCGAACAAUACGCCUUGGAACAACAGAAUGGUGUUGGUCCUCGCGCGUGGGUCCCCGAUCUCAUGGUCCGAUGUGGCAUCGCGUUCGAGACGCUGAUUAGCAUCAUACAGGGGAUGUGGUAUAAUAAUCUCCAACCCUUUACGGGACGCAAUCGGGUGAUUCUUGCGGAUCAUGUGGUCUGGCUUUGUAAGACGUGGUAUGAGCAGUGUAUGGCGAGGAAUGAGCGCGUCUUUGGGAGUGAUACUGCGGCGCAGGAGAUUGGGGAGUUGCUGGAGGUUAUGGGGCCGUCGUUGGAUGUUGAGGGGAGGGAGAUGGUGGAUGAGUUGAGGAGGGUUAUUAGGAGGUCUUUUGGGUUGUGAGGUUUGCAUGGGGGGUGGAGAGGUUUGGAAUGUAGUAGAAUGAGAGAGAGAGAUGGUGAACAGGCAAAUAUUAGGUCUGCUUGGUUGUUUGUUGUUGUUGUAUUCGUAAGGUUGUACGUAUGGGAUGGGAAUGAAGGAAGGGGGAGUAUAGAAAAGAUGUUUGGAUGAAUGGAUGGGUGGAUGGAUUUUUAAUUCAUUGUGUUUUAUUGUAUUUUCCUGAUGUUGUUGUGUUUUAUGGUAUAGCAUGUAUCCGGAAAGGGCGUCUAAUGAAUAUUAAUGAAUGCUUUUUAGCGUUUUCUCUUU